AUGUCUUUUGGUGGCGGGAGAGGUGGUGCCAGGAAGCCACUGCCUCCAGGCUCGGAAUUCAACUGGCAAAAAGCACCUGGUGAACUUCCUGAUGGCGCGCCUACUCCUACAUUCCCACCCUAUGACACACCCAAAGCCGAACCGUUACAGAGCCGCGAACGAUCCGAAGUAAAUCGAUACCGAGCGCUCAGAGAUCGAUUUCAAAACGGGCCUUACUACGCGGCCGUGAAUGCUGCCAGCACAUCCGCAAAGCAGGGGACCAAAGAGAGAGCGGAAUUCGAUCCUUUUAAUGGCAUGCCAUCAUAUAGUUCUCGUUAUCAGAAAAGGAAACGAACAGUGCCGAAGAUAGCUGGGAGGGAGUAUAUUGUACACUUUUUCCCUCGAGAAUUAUGGCGCGUUGUACGACCCGACUACAAACCGGAUAGGCCGGACACUCAGAUCGCAGGCGCACGAUGGAAAAGAACACAAGCUCACUUCGAAGAUGACGAGGACGAAGACGUUGAAGAAGAUGAAAAAGCGCCCAAGCGACCGAAAGCCGGCGAUGAGGAAGGCGGUGACGAGGAGACUCCAGAAAAUGAGGGCGAGGAAGGUGAAAGGGAAGGGAGCGAGGAGGAUGACGAGUUGCAGGAUGAUGACUUUUCUGAAGACGAUGAUGAGAUGGGUGGUGAUUAUAAUGCAGAGCAGUACUUUGAUGCUGGUGACGAUGAAGGGGAUGGAGAUGGCUUUGCUGAUGGCGGCGGUGGAGGGGGUGAUGAAGACUUUUUCUAG